GCUUCUUUAUUCCCGGGGGAGGACAGAGCUCUUAAAAGCACUGAGCAAUCUUUUUGCCUUUUCAGGUGUGGAAAUGCGCAAGAUUACCGACGCUCACACCCCCUCCAGCGACACCGUCAACCUGACGCUCUACUUCGUCCUGUCCACCACCCCGGCUCCCCUCCUGGACCCCCACAUCAGCCCCGAGGAGGAGGAGAAAAUGGAAGCCACUUUGAACUACGCCGACCACUGCUUCAGCGGCCACGCCACCAUGCACGCCGAGAACCUGUGGCCCGGGCAGCUGUCCACCGUCCUGCAGGUCUUGCAGCUCUCCAACCUGUGGAAGCUGACGCUGCAGAAGCGCGGCUGCAAAGGCCUGGUGGCGGCCGGGGCUCACGGCCUCAUGCAGGGGAUGGUGCUCAGCUUUGGCGGGCUGCAGUUCACCGAGAACCACCUGCAGUUCCAGUCGGACCCCGAGGUCCUCCAGAACAGCUACUCUCUGCGGGGGAUCCAUUACAACAAGGACCUGAUCAACCUGGCCGUGUUGCUGGACGCCGACGGGAAGCCCUUCCUCCACGUCUCGGUCAAGUUCCAGGACAAGCCAGUGAAGCUGUACGCCUGCGAGGGCGGUUGCUCCAACGAUCCCGUGGAGCUGACCUCCCAGGUGCACGGCCACACCUUCCCCGUCAUGGUGACGCAGCCCAUCACGCCGCUGCUGUACAUCUCCACCGACCUGGUACACCUUCAGGACCUGCGCCACACCCUCCACCUCAAGGCCAUCCUGGCCCACGAAGAGCACAUGGCCAAGCGCUACCCGGGCCUCCCCUUCCUCUUCUGGUUCAGCGUGGCCUCCCUCAUCACCCUCUUCCACCUCUUCCUCUUCAAGCUCAUUUACAACGAGUACUGCGGCCCCGGGGCCAAGCCUCUCUUCCGAAGCAAGGUCUAAGGCUCGGCUUGACAGCCAAAGCAGGGUCCCGGCUUCCUCGGGGUGUGUUUGUGUGUGUGUGUGUGUGUCAGCUUCUUCUCUCUGACAUCAGCCCUGGAAGCAGGGCACAUCUGUAGGAGCCGAGGACAUCUUUGGAAGAAGCCAGCCUUUGUGCUGUGUGUGUGUGUGUUUGCACACCUGUGCACCAGUCUACUUAGUCGUUUGCCUUUUUGGAAGAUAAGCUCUCGAGGAGGAGGGGGGGGAGGCUGAUAAAAGGGCCAGUGAAAAGUAAAAGUUCUUCUACCAAAAGGAUGCAGGGGUGUUGUGUUGGGGUGCUGUUUGGAAAAAAAAGGGUUGAUGGGCAGUGUGAUUGAUGGGGAAGCUGGCGUAGGGGUGCCGGGGCUGACACUCCAAGGGUUAAGCAGGGGCCUCACUGUUUACGAGUAACCCUGAAAUGAAGGAGUAGGGGGGGGAUGCUUUUUUGGGGGGUGGGGAAGCUUGUCACGCGUGAUCUGACUGUACCCACAAAGUGUAGCUUUAUGCGGAG